CAGACCCAGAACCAUCCCUCCAUGUCUAGACCCCGCCUUCCUGAUCCUCCCCGCUUUAAUAGCAAGCCCUAUACUCUACGCACCCGGCUUCCAUCUAUUAAAGCUAAACUCCGUUCUAAUCAGCUUACGGGAUCUAAUGCUUUUAACUAUAUAUAGGACCGUCUAGAGCAGCCACAGCAGGCUUCUAUUCUACACCUCCGCCAGUCAGCAGAAGAAACCCAGUCCUGAGAUCCUAAAGCUAUUUUCUUUUUCUUCCAGCGCCUCUGCCACAACCCCCGCGAACAACAAGAAUCAGUCCAGCGUUUUACAUCAGUUCGACAGCGAGAGAAAGAAUCUCUAGUUACAUACCUAGCUCACUUUAAGCGGCUAGCCUACAAGACUAAGGCUACUUUCUAGCUAGAUAUAUCCCAUAUUACCACCCUACAUCAUGGGCUCCGCCACAGCCUCCGCCAGUAUCUUAAAGAGUCAAGCGACUCCCUAUUCAGUCUUCCCUAUAACAAGUAUGUUGAGCUAGUACAACGUAUAGACCGUCGUGCCCGGUGC